AUGACGGAAUCAGAACAGAGCUGGAAAAACAGUUCAGUCAGUCUAAUCCAGUCUGUAUCAUUGUCAGCAUCUGGCUCUUAUCAGAUUUCUCGAGAUUAUCAACCAGAAGAAAAAGCAGACUUAAAAGAAAUUAUCAUCAAAAAUACCACCAACCAAGAAUUUUAA